AUGGACUACCCAAGAAGAAGUGCACGCCUGUCGCCGCAUGCGAGCAACAGUUCACAGCCAGGUGAGACCUCGGCCGCCGCAUUUGGAAGGAGUUCGCAAACGUCCAGCACUACAACCACUUCAUAUCCGAGCCCUACCAAUGAUACGAGAAAUGAGCAGAUUAUACCACAGCUUCCUCAACAACCUCGAUACACACCGCAGCUUCAAGUUCAACCCACCAUGUCACAGUCCCACCUUCAUGCACCUCUCCCAUCCCCGUCCGCAGGCGAGAUAGACUCUUGCUUCGCUCGUCCACACCCUCAACUAAAUCCAUAUCAGUCUUUACAUCCGCAACAGCAGCAGCAACAAACACCCACUUCGCAGCCACUUUCCGAUCAGAAUCAACGUCAAUCACACCAUAAUUCCUUCUCACAAAAUAACAACAACUUUGGUCAGGCAGGGAUUAUGCCAACCAACUUCCUGGCAGAGGCUGCUAAGCGGGCACAAAUGGCUUGCUUAAUGCGAGAUUUGGGCGAUGUGUCGUUAUGA